GUGAAAUCAAACGACAUGCGGGUCGUAGCGACCGGUCCCGCUAAAUGGAGCUAGCGACGGUGCCAUGAACUUGGACGCAGAGAAUCGCGUCGUCCUGAACGUCGGCGGAAUCCGGCACGAGACCUACAAAGCCACGCUAAAGAAGAUCCCAGCCACCAGGUUAUCUCGACUAACAGAGGCCCUCGCCAAUUACGAUCCGGUUCUCAAUGAGUACUUCUUUGAUAGACAUCCGGGAGUCUUCGGGCAGAUUCUCAACUAUUACCGGACGGGGAAACUUCAUUAUCCGACUGACGUAUGUGGCCCAUUAUUCGAAGAAGAGCUCGAAUUCUGGGGUCUUGAUUCCAACCAGGUGGAACCCUGUUGCUGGAUGACUUACACUCAACAUCGGGAUACUCAGGAAACACUGGCUGUUUUGGACAGAUUGGAUUUAGACACAGAGAAACCAAGCGAUGAGGAGAUCGCUCGCAAAUUCUGCAUGGAAGAGGAUUACUUGAAGGGAACUUUGUCCUGCUGGCAAAAGAUGAAGCCCAAAAUAUGGUCGCUCUUUGACGAACCUUAUUCUUCUCUCGGAGCUAAGAUCAUUGGUGUAAUGUCGGUGUUCUUCAUUUGUGUCUCCAUCCUCUCUUUCUGCCUGAAGACCCAUCCCAACAUGCGGGUCCCUGUCAUUCGGAAUGUUACAGUGCGCGACACGACAACAGAUACCUAUGCCUGGACAUUGGACAAGACCCAGACCAAUCCCCACGACGCCUUUUUCUUCAUCGAAUGCGCCUGCAACGCCUGGUUCACAUUUGAGAUCUCGAUCCGCUUUGUGGCUUGCCCACGGAAACUAGAGUUUGCGAGGGGGGCAGUGAACGUCAUAGACUUCACUGCCACGCUUUCCUUCUACAUCGACUUGGCGCUGCAAAGGUUCGCAUCGCAUCUUGAAAAUGCCGAUAUUCUCGAAUUUUUCAGCAUCAUUCGAAUUAUGAGGUAA